AUGUACGAUAACACGGCCUUUGGGGACACUCCGACAAUCAUCAGUAAUGACACUGUCGUGUCCAACGUAGAGGACGAUAGUGACGAGAUAGCUGAGGACCUCGCCUGGCUUCGGACAAUCCAUGAGGAUCUCCGUACCAAAUACGAAGAAGGUCUCGGUGAGGGUGGAGCUCAACUCGAACGACCGUCCACCGAUGUGGAUAUUCUCAAGGCCACUGCCCGUCUGCUCCUCACUGACUGUCCAACGUCAAUUCUCUCAUCUCCCUCACCCUAUGCUGCCAUCGUCAGGUUCCUCGGCAAAGGUAAGCACCUCUUUGUAUACACUCUCGAGUCAUUACGUUUCAGUGCCACAAGGCGUUACCUUUCCUGGGGCGCCAUCUGA